UUCUUUCAUGACAAUAUGACAACACCUUUUCAUAGAGAUAGUGGUGAAACCAAUGGAAGAAAUAGUUGUUCUUUUUCCCUUGCUUGCUUCUAUCUAGAGAUAGUGCUGAAACCAAUGGAAGAGAUAGUAGUAGCACAAAACAACAACAAUACAAGCUCAAUAUCAGCAAAACAAGCAUCAUUAGAGAGAAGGGUAAGGCCACAGAAGGAGCAAGCACUGAACUGCCCAAGGUGCAACUCAACCAACACAAAAUUCUGCUACUACAACAACUACAGCCUCUCCCAGCCAAGGUACUUCUGCAAGACCUGCAGGAGGUACUGGACUGAAGGUGGGUCCCUCAGGAACAUCCCUGUGGGCGGUGGAUCAAGAAAGAACAAGAAAUCUUCAUCAUCAAUGUCAAUGUCAUCGGCUCCAAAUUCAGCUUCUUCCACUUCAUCAUCUUCAAAGAAGUUGCUGCAACAACUCCCUCACCAUGAUCAUCAUCUUGCUCCAAAUUUUCAGAACCCUAGUAAUACUAACAAGAUUUGCGAAGAAGGGCAAGAUCUCAACUUGGGUUUCCCAUCUCAGUACCAUGAUUUCAAAACCAUAUCUGAGCUUAUUCAAGUGCCCAAUUUUGAUAACAACAAGAUUAAUGGUGUUAACAACCCUAAUUCUUCGUCGUCUCACCACCACCACCACCUUUCAGCUUUGGAGCUUUUGACUGGGAUUAGUACUGGUACUCAUGCUACUACAAGGGGGUUGAAUUCGUUCAUGCCGAUACCGGUAUCGGAUCCGAACUCGAUUUACUCUUCUGGGUAUUCUCAUAUGCAGGAUUUUAAGCCAACCCUUAAUUUCUCACUUGAUGGGAAUAUUAGUGGAAGUGGUGGUGGUGGUGGUGGUGGGUAUGGAAUAUUGCAAGAAAGCGGUGGUGGUGGUGGGAGGGUUUUAUUUCCAUUUGAAGAUCUGAAACAAGUCUCAAGCUCCUCCGAUAUUGAUCACCAAAAUAGAGGAGAUCAAGGUGGAGAUUCAACUGGGUAUUGGAAUGGUGUUUUGGGUGGUGGAUCAUGGUAAAGAAGAUAAUUAAAUAACCACCUCAGGUUUUUUUUCGUUUUUUUUUUGUUUAUUGGUCUUUUAUUCCUUUUUUUCUUUUUUGGGUUUUUUGGGGGUCUCUCAUGGUGUGGGUGGUGGUGAUGUUUGGAUUUGUUCAUCAGAAACUAACAGAGAUCAUAGGAGAGACAUGGGUUCUUUCUUUCUCUCUCUCUUUUCCUUUCUCUAAUUAUUUUCUUUUCUUUUUUUAAACUUUGUUUUCGGUAAGUAUUUUCCUUUUUAACUUGUGUUUGCUUCACUCAUGGUCAAAAGUAUUUUUGAAGCUUUAUUUUAGGUUGGCUUCAGUUGAAGGUGAUUUGGGGUAUACUACUGUGUAAGUGAUGAUAGAAGAGAAGAGAUCAAGAAGAAGCCCAGAUUUUUUGAAGGGCAACUAAAAAGCGUGAGAUCUAGGGCUCGAACCUGAUAUCUUCUAGCCUAUCACACAAGGGGGAAAGAAAAAAUGCCAUCCGCUAUCAUAAUCUCAUUGGUUGGCUCUUGGUUUAAUUUAAGUAGGGUUAAUAAUGUAUCACUAUGUGUAAGUUUGUUCAUGUUCUCAGAAUUUAGCAGGCAUAUAUGGUACUUCUUUGGUUAAUUGGCUUUGUGUGCAA